CUUCUCUCUCGUGGAAACUGUUUCCGUUCUUCUACAGCUCUCUUCCCAUUGCCGCCACCAAUUUCGUCUCAUCCCUGCAAAAAUAAAAUAAAAUUAUUAUAUCGAGGCCGCUUCUUCAUCGUAAUCGCAUUUUCUAUCUUAUCCCCUUUCAUCGCUGAUCCAGAUCCCAGUCACUGUAAUAUAGGGAUUUAAUAGCUGGGUUCCCCUUAAAAAAGCAAAUUUUUUUUUUACCACUGGCCUUCAUCAUUAGAGCUUGCAAAAUUUUGAUCUUUGCUUGAGUUGUGCAUUCCCAUCGAGGUUUCAUCAAUUGGGCAUCUCUCAAAAAACGAUUUUGACGUAAUUUUUUGAAACCACCCCCCAGUUUGAAACCCUGGUAAGCCUUCGCUCUGAUUGCUCCGCCUGGGCUCCAAAAGGCCCGACCUUUUGCUCAAUUGUAGAUUCUCCUUAAGUUUUAGCCAAUUGGGUCGAGCCCAAAAUCCAAUCUUGAAACCCUAAGAAGUAGAGUGAUGGAUGUAAGCGGUGAGGCAAGCAUCAAUUCGUUCUCCAUUGGCCCGUCCUCAGUCAUCGGCCGCACGAUUGCGUUUAGAGUCCUAUUCUGCUCUUCAAUCUCCCACCUCCGGCAUCGAACUGCAAAAUUCAUUGGGUUUUUUCUUCGAAAUCUCAGGCAUUACAGUUUCUCAUUCAUUUCAUGGUUCCAUCCAAGGAACACCCAAGGUAUACUUGUGAUGGUAACGCUGAUGGCUUUCCUGUUGAAGAGAUUCGCCAAUGUGCGGCCGAGAGCGGAGUCUGCAUACCGUAGGAAGUUCUGGAGGAACAUGAUGAGGAGCGCGAUGACGUACGAGGAGUGGGCCCACGCGGCCAAGAUGAUCGAGAAGGAGGGCCCGAAGAUGAAUGAGUCGGAUUUGUAUGACGAGGAGUUGGUGAGGAACAAGUUGCAGGAGCUGAGGCAGAGGAGGGAGGAGGGGUCAUUGAGGGACAUUGUAUUUUGUAUGAGGGCGGAUCUGUUGAGGAAUUUGGGGAAUAUGUGUAACCCUCAACUCCACAAGGGAAGGCUUCAGGUACCUAGACUCAUAAAGGAAUACAUCAACGAGGUCUCAACCCAACUUAAAAUCAUAUGCAACUCUGACUCUGAUGAACUUCUCUUAGAAGAGAAACUCGCAUUCAUGCACGAAACUCGACACGCUUUUGGCAGAACUGCGCUUCUCUUAAGCGGAGGUGCAUCCUUAGGAUCCUUCCAUGUUGGAGUAGUAAAAACAUUAGUAGAACACAAACUUCUCCCAAGAAUAAUCGCAGGCUCUAGCGUCGGUUCUAUAAUGUGUGCUAUUGUAGCCACCCGAUCUUGGCCAGAACUUGAGAGCUUUUUCGAGGACUCCUGGCACACUCUCCAAUUCUUCGAUCAAAUGGGUGGAAUUUUUGCGGUUGUUAGAAGGGUUAUGACACAUGGAGCAGUUCAUGAGAUUAGGCAACUUCAACAGCUUUUGAGGCAUUUAACGAGCAAUUUAACUUUUCAAGAAGCUUAUGAUAUGACUGGAAGGAUUCUUGGGAUUACUGUGUGCUCUCCUAGAAAGCAUGAGCCUCCGAGAUGUCUUAAUUAUUUGACAUCUCCUCAUGUUGUUAUAUGGAGCGCUGUGACUGCUUCUUGUGCUUUUCCUGGGCUUUUUGAAGCUCAGGAGUUAAUGGCGAAGGAUAGAUUUGGGGAGAUUGUUCCUUUUCAAGCACCAUUUGUAGUGGGCUUCGGGGAAACGGCAGGAAGUUCUUCUCGUCGGUGGAGAGAUGGGAGUUUGGAGAGUGAUCUUCCUAUGAUACAAUUGAAGGAACUUUUUAAUGUGAAUCAUUUUAUUGUUAGUCAAGCUAAUCCUCAUAUAGCUCCACUACUGAGGUUGAAAGAGCUUGUAAGAGCUUAUGGAGGCAAUUUUGCUGCUAAGCUUGCUCAUCUUGCCGAGAUGGAGGUCAAGCAUCGGUGCAAUCAAAUCCUAGCACUUGGUUUUCCACUAGGAGGACUUGCUAAAUUAUUUUCUCAAGAGUGGGAGGGUGAUGUAACAGUGGUCAUGCCAGCUACACUUGCUCAGUACUCCAAGAUCAUACAAAACCCAUCGUACUUAGAACUCCAAAAGGCCUCAAACCAAGGACGAAGGUGCACUUGGGAAAAACUGUCAGCCAUAAAAGCCAAUUGCGCCAUCGAACUCGCCUUGGACGAAUGUGUAGCUCUCUUAAACCACAUGCGUCGCCUAAAGCGAAGCGCUCAGAGAGCAGCAGCAGCAGCAGCAGCAGCCACUGCAGCAUCACAAGGGCAGCAACCAAUAAACUCCACUUUCAGGUUCAACGCUUCUAGAAGAAUCCCUUCGUGGAAUUGCAUUGCUAGAGAGAACUCAUCAGGAUCACUUGAAGAUGAAGCUCUCACCGAUACUGCAGCCAUUUUGAGAAAUAAUCGAGUUUUCCACAGGAGUUUGCAUGAUGGUAGUGACAGUGAAUCAGAGAGCAUAGACCUUAAUUCUUGGACAAGGUCUGGUGGGCCCCUGAUGAGGACGGCCUCAGCCCAUAAAUUCAUAAAUUUUGUUCAGAAUCUUGAGCUCGAUCUAGAUUUCAACAGGGUUUGGCCGAGGGAAGAGGAUCCUGAAAGUCUAGCACUGCGUUCGAAUAGAAGCUCAGAUAACACAGACUCUGAAUCUCGUGAGUCUAGUCAUAGAACUGCUAGCAUUAUGGUUUCUGAAGGGGAUCUGAUACAACCUGAAAGAAUACAUAACGGGAUAGUUUUCAAUGUUGUGAGGAGGGAAGUGAUAAAUCCUAUACAAAGAAGUAGUAGUGAAUCAGAGCAACAGCAAAGCUCCUUGGCUGAAGCAGAUGUUGAAAAUUUGCACAUGGAAAGUUGUGAGGAUGUGAGCUCAGUUUCUGAACACGACGAGGAUCAUGAGGGCGAGUUGGAAGGAUCAGAGUCGAGAUGUGAUGAUAAUAGAAGAGAUCAUGGUGCUGUUUUGGAUGAAUGCGAUGGAAAAGAAUGACAGAUGGUUGGGAAAGAGCAAAUGAUGUGCAUGUUUUAUUUUUAUUGGUUACUGUGAUUCUCACAAUUUUUGUGCAAGUGAAUCUUGAUCAGGCUCACAGUUGAUUAUAUUGUUUUUUGUAUUCAACGCAUGUACAUAAAUAAUUGGUUAGAGAAGUUUAUUUCUCGUAUCAUUAUAGUUAGUGAUGGAUCUGAUUUAGUUCUUUCC